AUGCGGUUCUGGCUCCUGCUGCUUGCCCUGCUGCUGGGGGCUGCCCUCCCGCGGCCCUUGCCCCAGAGCUACUCAAUCCCUGAGGACUUCUCUGCUCCUCUGGAGCUUCCACAGCAGCACUUCGGCCUGGUGGAUGAUUAUGGCAUCAAACCCAAGCAACCUCGCCUCAGGACCCAGGUGGCCCAGGUGCGGCCUGCGGAGCUGCGCAAGGCUGGCAAAAGCAAGCGUGAUGAGCUUGACCUGCUGGAGUACUACGAUGAUGGCCACAUGUGA